AUGUUCAGUAACAGGGUCUCUACCUUCUCAGUCAAUACUGAUCUUCCAGCUUUUGACACCUACAUGUCACAAGAUCAGGCGGUCUUUGUUGCAGGGGUUAAUCUGGGGAGAACUUACCGCCCGAUUACUCGGAAAUCGUUGCGUCGAGGCACCCGCGCAUCUUUUUCACACAUCGCCACCUCCAAGAUGGGUAUCAACCGUGUCGUCCAGUUUCAAUUCAAGGCCGAUACCAGCAGCGAUGCCAUAGAGAAGGCUAGCAUCCCAAUGUUCAUCCUCAAGACGUAA